AUGCACACGCACGGUGUGAUGGCCAGUCCACAGGAGGUCCUGACAUGGUCACCCUCCUCCAACCUCAUCAAUCAGAACUUGAAAGAAGAGCUGGGGACCCCAGGGGAGAAGCUGCCAGUCCGAGACGUGAGCCACAAGCCAUCGUACUCACCGCCUGAGAUCCUGGAUAACCUGCAGGAGAAGAGUCCCCCACAGGCCGACAGCAGUGGCAGCUCCAACUCCAACCACCCCGUCACCAUCACCGUGCUCACCAGUGUCAGUGAGGACUCCCGCGACCAGUUUGAAAACAGUGUGCUGCAACUGAGGGAGCACGAGGAAUCCGGGACCACCCAGACCCCUGAGGAUGGGAAUGGGAAUGAUGGAGGUGGCAAGGACAACAGUGGACCAGAUGAGAUGAAGAUACAUUACAAUCGUUCAGGGUCAGGCUCAGGAUCGGGGCCAGGAGGAUUCCUGGAGGGACUGUUCGGCUGCCUGAGGCCAGUGUGGAAUAUUAUAGGAAAAGCCUACUCCACAGACUAUAAGUUACAACAGCAAGAUUCUUGGGAGGUGCCUUUUGAGGAGAUCUCGGAGCUCCAGUGGCUGGGGAGCGGAGCCCAAGGAGCUGUGUUUCUGGGCAAAUUCCGAGGUGAAGAUGUGGCGAUUAAAAAAGUGCGGGAACAGAAGGAAACGGACAUCAAGCACCUGAGGAAAUUGAGACAUCCCAACAUCAUCGCAUUCAAGGGUGUAUGCACCCAGGCCCCAUGUUACUGUAUUAUUAUGGAGUAUUGCGCCCACGGCCAGUUAUAUGAGGUUCUACGGGCAGGCCGGAAGAUCACACCCCGGCUGUUGGUGGACUGGUCCUCAGGAAUAGCCAGUGGAAUGAACUACCUACAUUUACACAAAAUCAUCCAUAGAGACCUCAAAUCACCCAAUGUGCUGGUUACCCACGAUGACACUGUGAAGAUUUCUGAUUUUGGUACCUCCAAGGAGCUGAGUGACAAGAGCACCAAGAUGUCCUUUGCUGGUACUGUGGCCUGGAUGGCUCCCGAAGUGAUUCGCAAUGAGCCCGUGUCGGAGAAAGUGGACAUUUGGUCAUUCGGGGUAGUGUUGUGGGAGUUACUGACUGGAGAGGUUCCCUACAAGGAUGUGGAUUCCUCUGCUAUCAUCUGGGGUGUGGGCAGUAACAGCCUGCACCUACCUGUCCCCUCCACCUGUCCUGAUGGCUUCAAGAUCCUCAUGAAGCAAACCUGGCAUAGUAAACCUCGCAACCGACCGUCCUUCCGGCAGAUCCUCCUCCACCUGGACAUUGCAUCUGCUGACGUGUUGGGCACCCCUCAGGAGACCUACUUUAAAUCUCAGGCUGAAUGGAGGGAAGAAGUGAAGAAGCACUUUGAAAAGAUAAAGAGUGAAGGAACGUGUAUCCAUCGGUUAGAUGAAGAAUUAAUCAGACGAAGGAGAGAGGAGCUAAGGCACGCCUUGGACAUCAGAGAGCACUACGAGAGGAAGCUGGAACGAGCCAACAAUCUCUACAUGGAACUCAGUGCCAUCAUGUUGCAGUUGGAGAUCAGGGAGAAGGAACUCAUAAAACGUGAACAAGCUGUGGAGAAGAAAUACCCAGGAACAUACAAGCGGCACCUGGUCAGGCCAAUAAUCCGCUCCAAUGCUGUGGAGAAAUUGAUCAAAAAGAAAGCCUCAAGUCACAAACCUGGAACCCAGGGGAAGCGACCUGAUCUCCUGAGGUCAGAUGGCAUUGUGCCGAAUGUGGAGGUUGGAUCAACUCACUCACCUAUUUCUGGUAGCCCGAAGAUGUCCACCCCUCCCGGGAAGGUGAGGUAUCGUAGCAAGCCACGGCACCGGCGCGGCAACAGCAAAGGCAGCCACCAUGAGUUUGCAGGAGUCCUGCGGGCCAUCACGGCCCCAGAGGAGUGUGCCCUCCACCACCAGCAUCGCCUGGGAGAUGCUGCCAGUUGUGUGCAUAACCUGAGGUACUUUGGCCCCGCAGCAGCACUAAGGAGCCCUCACACUGACCACCUGCAGUGCAAGAUGUCUGGUUCCAGCCCCGACCUUAUCUCCACCACACUGGCCGCAAACUGCAGGAGGAGUUCGGAGAAUGGCAGUGUGCCAGACUGUGGGCACAGUGCUGCUGGUCAGGGCAUCAUGUGCCAAGACUGCAAGGAGCUGAAGGGCAACACAAGAAUUGAGAGACUGUCCAACGGACAUGAGGUGGGUCCUGCCAGCCCAAGCCUCCCCCGAUCACCAGCCCACAUUCCUGUGGCUCACUAUGAGAGCCCCAAGCUUCAGGAGAGGAGCAGGCCCAUGGAGGAGAAGCAAAAGGAAAGCUGCAAAGCAGGGUCUUCCCUGAGUACCGCUCAGCACCUCACCCCACCCACACUACCUCGCAAGCUGGGAGCCCUGAGAAAGGAGAAUGGAGAUGACUCCUCCGAGGAAGAGGAGGGAGAAGUGGACAGUGAGGUGGAGUUUCCUCGCAGACAGAGGCCCCACCGUUGUAUGAGCAGCUGUCAGUCCUACUCCACCUUUAGCUCGGAGAAUUUCUCUGUGUCAGAUGGGGAAGAAGGCAACACCAGUGACCAUUCACACAGUGGCACUCCGGAUGGGUUGAGCAACAAUAACGAGGACCGUCUGGAGGAUAAACUAGAUGAUCUGCUAUCACACACUCCGGAAAUUCCCAUUGAGAUAUCCAUGCAGUCAGAUGGGCUGUCUGACAAAGAGUCUGCAGUCCGCAGGGUAAAAACUCAGAUAUCGCUCGGGAAACUGUGUGCAGAGGAGCACUGCUAUGAGAACCCCAUGCACUUUGGAGAAUCAGAAUGCGACUCCUCUGAAGCUGAGUGCUCUGAUGCCACUGUCCGAAGAGGGAAGGCCUGCAGUUCAUCCACCUGGUGAGGGAGGUGGCAGACACCUGGAGAAAA